CGAUGUAGCCACAAUUCAAAGUCAUGAAUGCACAGCAGGAGCCUGAUCAUCAAUACAGUGUCGGCUCAAGCAUCGUUCUCGAGACGCUCAUUGGAGAGGUGGUGAAGGGGGAGGUUUUUGCACAAGAUAGAGGGACGAAGUGUAUAAUCUUGCGUGAACCCACCGAAGGAGCGGCUAAGUGCAACCUGCGUGUGCUGAAGGAAGACUUCAUAAAGAAAGUAGUCUCAUCCAAAAUACCAAAAGAUUAUGUGGUUGCCAAGCUUCCACAUGUAGAUAUCAGCAAGUGCUUAGAUCGGGAAGCGAAGGCUGUUCAGGCCGCAGAAUUUGAAGCAGCCAGGAAAGGGCUGGGUGUGACCGAGGAGGCGCAGCGUAUAUUUGAUGCUCUGUCAAAGACGAUGCCUUGCAAAUGGCAAGGAAAAACCAUUGUUGUGCUUGGCGAGGUGAGCAUCAAGGAGCCAUAUGACCUUGCCAGUGUGUCUUCCACACACCCAGACAAUGGAGCAGCAAUUGUGGAGCGUGUAAAGAAAGUGCUUGAUGCAGAGCGGAAGCGUAUGACUUCAUAAUCAUGAGGAUCAGCAGCAGCAGCAACAACCCUGGAUGUCUCUUGAGACUGGAAUUCCUGGAGGCCUACCUGGCAACUUUCUCGGUUGUGAAAUUGCUGUGUGAAGCACCUCGAGCGCUUUUGUCUGACCACAUGGUUGGCACAUCCCUGAAAACCGCAGUUGCAUUCUAUGCAGACAAUAACGUGCUGUCACUGCACCACUUCAGAUGUUGUAAACUGUACAGAAAGCUCUUCAUUGGAUCUUAUAGCCUCGGAUUUAUAAAGGUCCCGACACACAUCUCUGAUAUUUCCUUUAUUUUUGAAGGUGCAUCAAUGACUCAUUUUGCUUGUAAACCCAGCAGCUGAGUUUGAGGUGCUCCUGGAAGCAGACUGCAAGCGGUGCUACAACCCCGGGUUGUAGGGUCUAAGGCUGAUCAUGACGCGAUCAUGAAGGUCUUGUGCAUGAGUAUUAUGUUUGCUGGCCAAAAACUUGCAGUAUUGCUGCAAUUUUGGAAGGGUGAUUCUAACAUUCGGCAUCAAUGCAAGGAGUACUCUAGGACUAGUCAAGGUGCCCACAAAAUAGUUUUCAUGCUUAAUAGUCCCAACAGACAUCAUGUAACUGCCGCCAAUUCUUUCUCCUUGUUCUCACACAUGGCAUUAAUCUCCUCGAUGAAAUCAUCUGUGAGCUUCUGCACCUUCUUCUCUUCAGUGCGUCUUGAGUCUUCACUGGUCAGCUUUUUGACCUGCUCCAUCACUGAUUUUCUAGUAUUGCGCACAGCCACUCUUGUAGACUCGCCCUCUUGUUUCACCAUCUUGCCCAUGGCUUUUAUCCUUUCGGCAGUUGGUCUGGGCACAGGUACCAGCACCUCUUGCCCUUCAAUUUUAGGAUAAAGUUGCAGCGGUGCCUCCCUGAUUGCUUUUUCAAUGUUUUGCACUGUCUGAGGAUCAAAAGGUGAUACCACUAGCAUUUGACUGUCCCGCACGGACACAGAUCCGAUGCUUUUUAAGGACAUUCUGUCUCCAUACACAUCCACCUUCAAAUUAUCCAGCAUGCCUGGUGAGGCCCUUCCAGCCCUCAGACUGCCAAGGAUACCCUGCAACCUCUCCACUGAAGCCUCCAUGCCCCUUUUGGUAUCCUGCAGGUCGACAGCUUCUGGACCACUCACUACUGCCACUGACUGCUUUUUGCCUUUCUUUGCCGCAGAGAAAUUAGCAGCAUGCAGCAGUGCCCAAUACUGCUUGAGCUCAGGCUGCACUGCCAGAUCGUAGCGUGCACAUGCCCACCGUUCCGUCUCUUGAUUUGCUAGAGCCUGUACUGUUUGCGAAAUUGAUGGGCGUGUUCGUAGGGCCCGCGCCAUAGAUGUCACCCCUUUCAACAUUGUCAAUUUCUCCCUGAU